UACUAUGUUAAGCCUACCAAGUUUCAGAAAGAUUAGUUCAUCUAUUAAUUUUUUAGGAAUUUUUAAAAGAUGGAGGUCCAUUUGGUUUCCGCAGCCAAAUCAGCGGAGACUCGUAAUGAUUUCGUUACAAUAUUGUUCCGUUCGUGGCAAGGUGGGCAACGUUCACAAGGCUCGUUUCUCUGUCAUUUUUACAAAUAUUGGGAUGAAACUUGGCACACUUGUCGGCAACAUCUCCUACUUUAAGCUUGCCAAGUUUCAGAAAGAUUCGUUCAUCUACUGAUUUUUAGGAAUUUUUAAAAAAUUGAGAUACAUUUCAUUUCCUUGACCGAAUCAGCGGAGACUCAUAAUGAUUUCGUUACGAUAUUGUUCCACUCGCAGCAAGGCUGGGCAACACUUAUGAGGCUUUUUCUCCAUCAAUUUUAUGGCUAUCAGGAUGAAACUUGCCACACUUGUCAACAACGUUGACAACUAUAAACCUGCCAAGUUUCAGAAAGAUUUGUUCAUCUACUGAUUUUUAGGAAUUUUUUUAAAAUUGAGAUACAUUUCAUUUCCUCGACCGAAUCAGUGGAGACUCGUAAUGAUUUCGUUACGAUAUUGUUCCACUCGCAGCAAGGCGGGGCAACAUUUAUGAGGCUUUUUCUCCAUCAAUUUUAUGGCUAUCAGGAUGAAACUUGGCACACUUGUCAACAACUUUGACAAUUAUAAGCCUGCCAAGUUUCAGAAAUAUUUGUUCAUGUAUUGAUUUUUAGGAAUUUUUUAAAGAUGGAGGUUUCUUUUUGUUUCAUAAUCUGAAUCUAUUAACGGCAACGGGGAACCAUUUGUGAGGUUGUAUCUCCGUCAUUUUUAUUACUAUCAAAAUAAAACCCGGCACACUUGUCGGCAACAUUGAUGACUUUAAGACUUCCAAGUUUUAGAAAGAUUCGUUCAUCCUCUGAUUUUUAGGAAUUUUUUAAAGAGAGAGGUCCCUUUUGGUUUUGUAAUCCGAAUCUAUUAACGGCAAUGGGGAACCAUUUGCAAAGCUCAUUUCUCUGUCAUUUCUAUGGCUAUUGGGAUGAAACUUGGCACAUUUGUCAACAACAUUGUUUACUAUAAGCCUGCCAAAUUUCAGAAAGAUUUGUUCAUCUACUGAUUUUUAGGAUUUUUUAAAAGAUGGAGGUCCCUUUUUGUUUCGUAAUCCGAAUCUAUUAACGGCAAUGGGGAAACAUUUGCAAGGCUUGUUUCUCCGUCAUUCCUGUGGGCGAAACGUCAGGAGGGAAUGCUUCUGGAACAUGGCCAGACAGCCUGGAAGACUCAGAGCAACCAAGACCAAGGCAAUGAGAGCGGAGUGGCCUUUUUUGCACUAAAUUCCCAACGUUUCCUGUUCUUAUCCUGCCAUCUAGUGGCUUCUCGUUGCAUUGCAACCUCCACCAAGUGUUGGAAUCCGGAAGUGGUUUUGUUGUGAUUUGCAUAUGCAAAUGAGGUGGCAAAGAAGGGUGUUGUUAUUAUUCCCAGAAAUAGCCUUCUGGUUGAGAAAUAAUACUCGCACGUCGGGUUGAUUCAAGUUGGCCUUCGCUUAUUGAUUUCUCGUCUAUUAUCAUUGGGAUUGAACCCAUUGACGUCGGCUCUGUUAUCAUUGCCGUUGAACUUCUGAUCUAUUGGCGUUGGCAUUGAUUCUGGAUCUGUUCUAAUUGACAUUAACCUGUUGAUGUCGGUUGAUUGAUUCUGGAUCUGUUUGAAUGGCCAUUAAACUCAUUGAUUUCCGAUCUGUUUCAGUCGGUACCAAUCAAUUGAUUUCGGGCCUAUUUGAAUGCCCGUUGAACUCAUUGAUUUCCGAUAUAUUUGAGUUGGCAAUAACCUAACGAUUUCGGAUUCCAGACUCCUUAGAUCCCUUUCAUAACUUCCUGAGACACUGUAUUCCUGUGGGGGCAGCCUGGGAUCGCAUUGGCCUUUUCCGCUGCAGCAUCACACUCUUGGCUCACAUUCGUGACACACUAAGUCUCCUAGGUCACUUUCUAUAUAUAUAUACAUAGACACAGAGAAUAUACAUACACACUAGUAUUGGUAGCAUUGGAAGAGGUAGGCGUUAGGACCCUGCGGAGCUGUGUGGGAGGCAGGCAAAGAGGGAGGGGCCGAAGCAGAAAGAUCCCAAGAAGCAGGAUCAAUGGGCAGGUGGGACCCACACGCAGGUCUUCCUUGGGAGGAGCCCCAUCGGGACGUUGUCUUCCAUUGAUGAGCAACACGGGCCCGGCGGGAUGGCCCAAUCCCAGUCCCGGGGGUCGCACUACGCGCUGACGGCCAUUGGGCUGGGGAUGCUGGUCCUGGGGGUCAUCAUGGCGGUGUGGAACCUGGUCCCCGGGUUCGGCCUGGCCUCGAAGCCCCACACAGCCGGGAACAGCAGCAAGACGGACCCCGGCGCCGGGAAGGAGCAGAAGAGCAAGACCUUCUCCGUGGCCUACGUGCUGGUGGGGGCCGGGGUCUUCCUCCUGCUCCUCUCCCUCUGCCUCGGCAUCCGGGACAGGCGGAAGCAGCGGCAGGACGAGGAAGGGCCCAGGAUCCGGCACCAAGUCGCCAGGGAGACGUCGUCGCCGUCGCCGCAGCAGGACGACAGCCAAGAAGAGGAUGACGAGACCCUCUCGCGGUACUACGUCCCGAGUUACGAAGAGGUGGUGAACGCCGACUAUCCUGCGCGGACGAGAGAGGACGGCGGUGGCGGCGCUCCACUGAGCAUGUCGCUCCCGUCGUACGAGUCGCUCACCGGGAUCGACGGGGACACUCCGACGAGGCCCGGCGUUUCCGCUCCCGCCGCAGAGGGCCACCCCGGCAUCGAGCGCCAACCCUCCCGGCACAGCUCCCGCCUGGGCAAGAGACUGAAACCCUUGAAGGUGCGGCGGAUCAAGUCCGAGAAGCUGCACCUGAAAGACCUCUGUGUGGACCUCCCCGCAGGACACAGCGCCAACCGGGUCUCAAUCGAGCCCCUCACGCCCCCUCCGCAGUACGAGGAGGUUUCCGACAAAAUCCCGCAAGGACAGAGGGAGUCAUAAGGAAACACCAAGCUGGGGGGAGUCUCUGAAACACUAUUAAAUACUUGUUGGGGAGAGUAUGUCGAAUUUGGAGUACGGGUGAACGAUAGACCCGUAUUGAUUCGAGACUCGUAUGCUGUCAAUUCGAAAACACAACGGGCGAAUAAUAGACUUGUAUUGAAUCAAGACGCAUACGACAUUGAUUCAAAAACACAACGGAUGUACAACAGACCCGUAUCGACGCGAGACUCGUACGCCUUCGAUUCGAAAACACAACGGGCCAACAAUAGACUUGUAUUGAAUCAAGACGCAUACGCCAUUGAUUCAAAAACACAAUGGAUGUACAAUAGACCCGUAUUGACGCGAGACUCGUACGCCUUCGAUUCGAAAACACAACGGGCCAACAAUAGACUCGUAUUGACUCCAGACUUGUACGCCGUCAAUUUGAAAACACAACGGGCGAAUAAUAGACCCGUAUUGACGCGAGACUCGUACGCCUUCGAUUCGAAAACACAACGGGCCAACAAUAGACUCGUAUUGACUCCAGACUUGUACGCCGUCGAUUUGAAAACACAACGGGCGAAUAAUAGACCCGUAUUGACUCGGGAUUCGUACGCCUUCGAUUCGAAAACACAACGAUGUACAAUAGACCCAUAUUGACUCAAAAACAUAACAUGCUAACAAUAGACUUGUAAUGAGUCGAGAUGUGUAUGCCGUCGAUUAGGAAAAACAACGGGCAAAUAAUAGACCUGUAUUGAAUCAAGACAUGUACGCCUUCAAUUCGAAAACACAACGGACUUGUAUCGACUCGAGACUCGUUCACCGUCGAUUCGAAAAUACAACGGGCGAAUAUUAGAUCUGUAUCGACUCAAGAUUCGUAUGUUGUCGAUUCGAAAACACAACAGCCGAACAAUAGACUCGUCUUGACUCGAGACUCGUACGUCGUCGAUUCAAAAACACAACGUGCGAACAAUAGACUUGUAAUGACUCGAGACUUGUAUGCCGUCGAUUCGAAAAUACAACGGGCGAAUAAUAUUCGUAUUGAAUCAAGACGUGUACGCCUUUAAUUUGAAAACACAAUGGAUGUACAACAGACUCGUAUCGACUCGAGACUCAUAUGCUGUCGAUUCGAAAACACAACGGAUGUACAGUAGACCCGUAUCGACUCGAGACUUGUUCACUGUUGAUUCAAAAACACAACGGAUGUACAACAGACCUGUAUCAACUCGAGACUCGUUCACCGUCGAUUCGAAAACACAACGGAUGCACAACAGACCCGUAUCGACUCGAGACUCAUUCACCGUCGAUUCGAAAACACAACUGAUGUACAAUAAUAAUAAUAAUAAUAAUAAUAAACUUUAUUUUUAUAUCCCGCCCCAUCUCCCCGAAGGGACCCGGGGUGGCUCACAACAGGGACAAGCCCGAAACAACAACACAACAUAUUUGACAAAAAACAUUCCAACGAUACACAAAAUAAAACAAUGGACAAUACAUUAAAAUCCAAGCAGAUAAAAUCAGAGUAAUUAAUAGACUCGUAUUGAAUCGUCGAUUUGAAAACACAAUAGACCCGUCUUGACUCCAUACUCUAUUAUUUUUUCUCAAUGCUAUGGAAUCAUGGGAGCUGUAGUUUCACAAGUGCCUUCCAAACAAAAAGGAAUAAAUAAAUAUAUGGGA